AUGGGUAAGACACAAAAGAAGAACAGUAAGGGUCGUUUAGAUAGGUACUAUUAUCUAGCCAAGGAGAAAGGUUAUCGUGCUCGUUCAUCCUUUAAAAUUAUUCAGAUUAAUGAAAAGUAUGGCCAUUUCUUAGAAAAAUCCAAAGUUGUUAUUGAUCUCUGUGCUGCUCCUGGUUCAUGGUGCCAAGUUGCGUCUAAACUCUGCCCCAUCAAUUCAUUAAUUAUUGGUGUGGAUAUUGUUCCAAUGAAGCCGAUGCCCAAUGUUAUAACUUUUCAAAGUGACAUUACCACUGAAGAUUGUAGAUCAAAAUUGAGAGGUUAUAUGAAGACUUGGAAGGCUGACACAGUGUUACAUGAUGGUGCUCCUAAUGUUGGGUUAGGUUGGGUUCAGGAUGCUUUCACCCAAUCCCAAUUAACCUUGCAAGCUUUGAAGUUGGCUGUCGAAAAUUUGGUCGUAAAUGGUACUUUUGUUACUAAGAUUUUCAGAUCCAAGGAUUAUAAUAAAUUGAUUUGGGUGUUCCAACAACUGUUUGAGAAAGUUGAAGCCACAAAACCACCUGCAUCAAGAAAUGUUUCUGCAGAAAUUUUUGUUGUGUGUAAAGGCUUCAAGGCGCCUAAGAGACUAGAUCCAAGAUUACUGGACCCAAAGGAAGUUUUUGAAGAAUUACCAGAUGGACAACAGAACAUGGAAUCAAAAAUUUAUAAUCCAGAAAAAAAAGUUAGGAAAAGACAAGGUUAUGAGGAAGGUGAUAAUUUAUUGUAUCAUGAAACCUCAAUUUUGGAUUUUGUCAAGACUGAAGACCCGAUAAGCAUGCUUGGGGAAAUGAAUAAGUUUACAAUUGAUAAGGAUGACCAUGAAUGGAAGAUCUUGAAAAAAUUGAAACAAACCACAGACGAGUUCCAUUCGUGUAUUGAAGACUUAAAAGUUUUAGGUAAGAAAGAUUUUAAAAUGAUUUUAAGAUGGAGAAAGAUUGCUAGGGAAAUCUUGGGUAUCGAAGUAAAGGAUGACGCUAAGACGGAAAUUGAAAUAGUACCGUUAACAGAAGAGGAGCAAAUUGAAAAAGAUUUGCAAGGCUUACAGGAGAAGCAGCGUCUAAAUAUCAAGCGCGAAAGAAGAAGAAAGAAUGAAAUGAAACAGAAGGAACUACAAAGAAUGCAAAUGAACAUGAUAACUCCCACUGAUAUUGGUAUUGAAGCCGCAAGUUUAGGUAAAGAAUCGUUGUUUAAUUUGAAAACUGCGGAAAAGACUGGUAUCUUAAAUGACUUGGCAAAGGGUAAGAAAAGAAUGAUUUUUACCGACGAUGAAUUGGCUAAAGAUAAUGAUAUCUACAUUGAUGAAAAUAUUGUGAUCAAAGAUAGGGAUUCUGCGGCUGAUGCGGAUGACUUAGAAAAUGAGUUGAAUGCCAUGUACAGUGAUUAUAAAACUAGAAGGUCGGAAAGAGACGCUAAGUUUAAAGCUAAGCAAGCUCGUGGUGGCGAUAAUGAGGAAGAAUGGACCGGUUUCAAUGAGGGAAAUCUAGAAAAGAAAGAGGAAGAACAUAAAGAUUAUAUUGAAGACAACGACGAUGACGAUGUGGAAGGAGACUCCGAUGACGAUGAGGCCAUCACCAAUUUGAUUAGCAAAUUGAAGGGACAAGAUGGUGAUCACAAAUUGAGUAACAAGGCACGCAUGAUUUUCAAUGAUCCAAUAUUCAAUAAUGUUGAACCUGAUUUGCCAGUAAAUAUCGUCAAUGAUGGCGUAAUGAGUUCCGAAUCUGUUGGUGAUAUUUCUAAAUUAAAUAAGAAAAGAAAACAUGAAGAAAUACACCAGAAACAAGAUGAAACAGAUUCUUCAGACGAGAGUUCAAGUGAUGACUCUGACUUCGAGAUUGUGGCCAAUGAUAAUGUAUCAGAAGAAUUUGAUUCUGAUUAUGAUUCAGAGGAAGAAAAAAAUCAAACAAAGAAAGAAAAGCAUUCCAGAGACAUUGAUAUUGCCACUGUUGAAGCCAUGACUUUGGCACAUCAAUUAGCACUGGGUCAAAAGAACAAGCAUGAUCUUGUCGAUGAAGGUUUCAAUAGAUAUACUUUCCGUGAUACCGAAAAUUUGCCAGAAUGGUUUUUAGAAGAUGAAAAGGAACACUCCAAGAUAAAUAAGCCAAUUACUAAGGAGGCAGCGAUGGCAAUCAAAGAAAAAAUAAAAGCAAUGAACGCCCGUCCUAUCAAGAAGGUUGCUGAAGCCAAGGCAAGAAAAAAGAUGCGUGCUGUGGCUCGUUUAGAAAAGAUCAAAAAGAAGGCGGGUUUGAUUAACGACGAUUCAGACAAGACAGAAAAGGACAAGGCUGAAGAAAUUUCUAGAUUGAUGCGUAAGGUUACCAAGAAACCAAAGACUAAGCCAAAGGUUACUUUGGUUGUUGCCUCGGGUAGGAACAAAGGUUUGGCAGGUAGACCAAAGGGCGUUAAAGGUAAAUAUAAGAUGGUUGAUGGCGUCAUGAAGAAUGAACAAAGAGCCUUAAGACGUAUCGCAAAGAAGCAUCAUAAGAAAAAAUAG